AUCUGACCACCAGAAGAAGAGCCACACACUCACAAAUUAAUAAAGAGAGAGAAGAGAGAAAAGAGAGAGAGAGAGAUUCUGCGGAGGAGCUUCUUCUUCGUAGGGUGUUCAUCGUUAUUAACGUUAUCUCCCUACGUCAGCUCCAGCUCCAGAAACAUGGGUGCAGGUGGAAGAAUGCCGGUUCCUACUUCUUCCAAGAAAUCGGAAACCGACACCAUAAAGCGUGUGCCGUGCGAGAAACCGCCUUUCUCGGUGGGAGAUCUGAAGAAAGCAAUCCCCCCGCAUUGUUUCAAACGCUCAAUCCCUCGCUCUUUCUCCUACCUUAUCAGUGACAUCGUUAUAGCCUCAUGCUUCUACUACGUCGCCACCAAUUACUUCUCUCUCCUCCCUCAGCCUCUCUCUUACUUGGCUUGGCCACUCUAUUGGGCAUGUCAAGGCUGUGUCCUAACUGGUGUCUGGGUCAUAGCCCACGAAUGCGGUCACCACGCAUUCAGUGACUACCAAUGGCUGGAUGACACAGUUGGUCUUAUCUUCCAUUCCUUCCUCCUCGUCCCUUACUUCUCCUGGAAGUAUAGUCAUCGCCGUCACCAUUCCAACACGGGAUCCCUCGAAAGAGAUGAAGUAUUUGUCCCAAAACAGAAAUCCGCAAUCAAGUGGUACGGCAAAUACCUCAACAACCCUCUUGGACGCAUCAUGAUGUUAACCGUCCAGUUUGUCCUCGGGUGGCCCUUGUACUUAGCCUUUAACGUUUCGGGCAGACCGUAUGACGGGUUCGCUUGCCAUUUCUUCCCCAACGCUCCCAUCUACAAUGACCGUGAACGCCUCCAGAUAUACCUCUCGGAUGCGGGUAUUCUAGCCGUCUGUUUUGGUCUUUACCGUUACGCCGCUGCACAAGGAAUGGCCUCGAUGAUCUGCCUCUACGGAGUACCGCUUCUGAUAGUGAAUGCGUUCCUCGUCUUGAUCACUUACUUGCAGCACACUCACCCCUCGUUGCCUCACUACGAUUCAUCAGAGUGGGACUGGCUAAGGGGAGCUUUGGCUACCGUAGACAGAGACUAUGGAAUCUUGAACAAGGUGUUCCACAACAUUACAGACACACACGUGGCACAUCACCUGUUCUCGACAAUGCCGCAUUAUAACGCAAUGGAAGCUACAAAGGCGAUAAAGCCAAUACUGGGAGACUAUUACCAGUUCGAUGGAACACCGUGGUAUGUGGCGAUGUAUAGGGAGGCAAAGGAGUGUAUCUAUGUAGAACCGGACAGGGAAGGUGACAAGAAAGGUGUGUACUGGUACAACAAUAAGUUAUGAGGAUGACGGUGAAGAAAUUGUCGACCUUUCUCUUGUCUGGUUGUCUUUUGUUUAAGAAGCUAUGUUUUGUUUCAAUAAUCUUAUUGUCCAUUCUGUUGUGUUAUGACAUUUUGGCUGCUCAUUAUGUGAUGUGCGAAAGUUAGUGUUCAAAUGUUUUGUGUCUGUAUUGUUCUUCUCAUCGUUGUUUUGUUGGGAUCGUAGAAAUGUGACCUUCGGACAGUAAAACUCUUGUGUACUAAAACUAUUUCCCUGUU